AUGUCUACUCUUGUCAACCUUCCUCGUGCCGGCCUGCUUCCAGGCGACAACAAACUGACUGGAGAAGCUCCCACCAACCGCAAGGAACUCCAUGUCGGCAUUGUUGGAGCAGGAUGCGCGGGCCUCUUCACGGCUAUGACGCUCGACUUCAUCAAUAAGCGCCUGAAAAGAGAAGAUCUUGAAAUCACGUAUGAUAUCCUGGAAGCGGCUGAUGAAAGUCGAUUGGGCGGCAGGCUGUAUACACAUCACUUCAGCAAGGGCGACGUGCUCCCGCACGACUACUACGAUGUCGGCGCCAUGAGAUUUCCAGAGAACGAUGUGAUGAACAGGACAUUUCGCCUGUUCAAAUAUCUAGGCCUCACGAAGGAAAAUGGUGGCCUGGUUCCGUAUUACCUGGAAGACUACAAGAAAGUUUGCCCUACAUACUUCAACGACAUACGUUAUGUUGGGGGGCCUCUCAAUGGGGCGGAGGAUCCCUAUCGCGUCAAUGCCGACUACAAAGACGAUGAUCCCGAUGGGAUUCCCAAAGAACUCUUGACGCAGGAUCCUGGGAAACUGGUUGAAACUGCCAUCAAGCCAUUCGUAGACGCUUUGAAGGAAGACAUGGAUGGUACUCGAAGUGAUGAGGGUUGGAAGCUCCUAGAAUCAGCCGACUACAUGAGCACACGCCAAUUCUUCCGCUCCACUGACAUUGCGGACCUCCCACCGACUAUCAAGCCGCCUAUUAAGGGACCCGGCUACAACUUUAACACCACGGAGUGGCUUGAGACCUUUGCCUAUGCAACCGGAUGGUACAAUCAGUCUCUCGCAGAAACAGUCCUCGAAGGACUUGACUUUGGCAUCGAGGAGCCGACCUCCAUAGACAAUACCAAAUGGCUCUGCGUCGAGGGCGGAACCCAAAAAGUAGCCCGGCUCAUGGCUGACAAGUUGGUCAAGAAGCCCGAGUUGAACAGACAAGUGACGAAAAUCUCGACAGACCCAAAGGGAACCAUCACUUUGACAAUCAAACACGCCGACGAACCAUCUGCUCCGACCGAGACCCGUGACUACUUCGCAGUAUUCAACUCGACUACUCUCGGGGCGCUCCAGCGCAUGGACCUCAAGGACGCGGGAUUGCGCUAUGGCACCAAACAAGCCAUUCGUUCGCUAGGCUAUGGCGCUUCUUGCAAAGUUGGAAUGAAGUUCAAGAAAGCUUGGUGGAUGAAGGAACCUCACAACAUUAACAAAGGCGGAAUUGCAAAGACGGACCGCCCGACUCGUGUCUGCGUGUAUCCAUCUUACAAUAUAAACGACGACUACGACAAACCGGCCGUGCUACUUUGCAGCUACACCUGGGCCCAGGAUGCGCAAAGAAUCGGAACCUUGAUAUCCAAUCCUACCAACUCCAAGCACGAAACAGAGCUGAAGGAGCUUCUGCUCAACGACCUCGCGCUUCUGCAUUCCACUCCUGACACCUACAAAGCGUUACGAGCGGAACUCGAGGAACUCUACGAUGAUCACCACGCCUGGGACUGGUACAACGACCCCAACAUGUCUGGCGCCUUCGCCUACUUCGGCCCCGGCCAGUUCUCUAACAUGUGGCCCGAGAUCAUUCAGCAAAACGGCUGGCUCUUCCUCGUCGGGGAAGCUGCGUCUGCUCACCACGCAUGGAUUGUUGGUGCUCUGGAAAGUGCUAUCAGAGGCGUGUACCAGAUGCUCGAUGCACUCUUACUCCAGAACCCGGAGUACGAGCCGUACAGGGAUGCGAUGAAGCUGCUGCAGGAUCCCUACAUAGAGGAUGAUCUGCCAUUUGGGCCACUGCCGUUGGAGAUUCCGAAAAGGCAGGCUGGUGAGGACAGGAAAGCGCCGAAGACGGAUGUGCCGGAGAAGGGAGUGUCGCUUACCUUCACUUCGGCGCAGGUCUUACUUAGCUUCUUGGAGAAGACAGUAGAGGAGGCGGAGGCGAAGGUAGCUUGAUUGCAAGUGCGCACGCUAGACGGGAAAAAAGUGGCACACUCAAGCAUUUCAACACCGUCUGAGGUGGCCCGGUGAGCUAUCAGAAAUGCCAGGACUAGUAUUCUACGAAUAAUAAUAACAUACUAGAGGACCUCAAGCGGUGCUAAACAAGCAUACACAAGCAUAGUAAUAGUGUAUAUGUAGUUUAUAGGUUUAUAGACUACCACGUUCUGUUAACACUCACUAACCAUGCUGUCUUAUAGGUGCACCUGUCUACCACUGCUUAAAGUGCUUCAACAAGUUUCUAUAUGGCGGAGAGUGAAGAGUUUCUAUCCUGUUUAGAUUUCCGAAAAUGUAUUAAAGCACCCCAAGCAGUGGCAGACAGGUGUACCCACGAGACAGCUUGUCCUAGAGUUAGAGUGCCACCUUUCUCAUGCCCGGUGUGGUGCGAUGCGGUGUUCCAUGGUGC